CGCUUUUUUUUUUUUUCGCAAUUUCCACUCGCGGGGAGCAGGAAACCCGGCGCAGCCGGGCGCAGCGGGCCGCGAUGCAGCAGCAGCAGCAGGAGUCGCCCCGGGGCAGCAGCGGCAGCAGCAGCAGAGGCAGCAGCGGGCGGCGCUGAGCCGCCGCGGCCGCCGCUACUGAGGAGGAAGCCGGCCCAGCCGCCGCCGCGUCCCGACCCCCGCACCCCGAUCCCGGCGCCCCGACCCCCGCGGCCCGAUCCCGGCGCCCCGACCCCCGCUCCCGCCUCCGCCAACUUUCACGCUGCCUCGGCGGCCCGGCCCGGCUCGACGCCAAUGGUGGAGGCCAUAGUGGAGUUUGACUACCAGGCCCAGCACGACGAUGAGCUGACGAUCAGCGUGGGUGAAAUCAUCACCAACAUCAGGAAGGAGGAUGGAGGUUGGUGGGAGGGCCAGAUCAACGGCCGGAGAGGUUUGUUCCCUGACAACUUUGUAAGAGAAAUAAAGAAAGAGAUGAAGAAAGACCCUCUCUCUAGCAAAGCUCCAGAAAAGCCCCUGCAUGAAGUGUCCAGCGGAAAUGCUUUGCUGUCUUCUGAAACAAUCCUAAGAACCAAUAAGAGAGGCGAGCGACGGAGGCGCCGGUGCCAGGUGGCGUUCAGCUACCUGCCCCAGAAUGAUGACGAGCUUGAGCUGAAAGUUGGCGACAUCAUAGAGGUGGUAGGAGAGGUAGAAGAAGGAUGGUGGGAAGGCGUUCUCAAUGGCAAGACUGGGAUGUUUCCUUCCAACUUCAUCAAGGAGCUGUCGGGGGAGUCAGAUGACCUCGGCAUUUCCCAGGAUGAGCAGCUCUCCAAGUCAAGGCCUGAAGCUCUCCUCCCUCCAGCUUCUCUGCUGCCCUUUCCAGCUCACGGAGCAAAAGGAAAGACUACCUUUGAAGGGACAAUUCUGUACCGAGCUGCACCAGGAAAGACGGAGGGCCACAGACGCUAUUACAGUUUAAGGGAAACCACAGGCUCCGAGAGUGAUGGGGGUGACUCGAGCAGUACCAAAUCCGAAGGUACCAACGGGACAGUGGCAACUGCAGCAAUCCAGCCGAAGAAAGUUAAGGGAGUGGGCUUUGGAGAUAUUUUCAAAGACAAGCCUAUAAAACUAAGACCAAGGUCAAUUGAAGUUGAAAAUGACUUUCUACCAGUGGAAAAGACUAUUGGAAAGAAGUUACCUCCAACCACAGCAACUCCAGACUCAUCAAAAACAGAAAUGGACAGCAGAACAAAGAGCAAGGAUUACUGCAAAGUAAUAUUUCCGUACGAGGCACAGAAUGACGAUGAAUUGACAAUCAAAGAAGGAGAUAUAGUCACUCUCAUCAAUAAGGACUGCAUCGACGUAGGCUGGUGGGAAGGAGAGCUCAACGGCAGACGAGGAGUGUUCCCUGAUAACUUCGUGAAGUUACUUCCACCCGACUUUGAAAAAGAGGGCAAUAGACCCAAGAAGCCACCUCCUCCAUCCGCUCCUGUUAUCAAGCAAGGGGCAGGUACCACUGAGAGAAAACAUGAAAUUAAAAAGAUACCUCCUGAAAGACCAGAAACGCUUCCAAACAGAACAGAAGAAAAAGAAAGACCAGAGAGAGAGCCAAAACUGGACUUACAGAAGCCUUCUGUCCCUGCCAUACCGCCAAAAAAGCCACGGCCACCCAAGACCAAUUCUCUCAGCAGACCGGGCGCGCUGCCCCCGAGGAGGCCUGAACGACCAGUGGGUCCCAUGACCCACACCAGGGGCGACGGUCCAAAGAUUGACUUGGUGGGCACUUCCAUAUCCGGCAUCCUGGACAAGGAUCUCUCAGACCGCAGCAAUGACAUCGACCUAGAAGGUUUUGACUCCGUGGUGUCAUCUACUGAGAAACUCAGUCACCCAACCACAAGCAGACCAAAAGCCACGGGGAGGCGGCCUCCGUCCCAGUCCCUCACAUCCUCUUCCCUUUCAAGCCCUGAUAUCUUUGACUCCCCAAGUCCUGAGGAAGAAAGAGAGGAGCACGUUUCGCUUGCACACAGAGGAGUGGACGCGUCAAAGAAAACUUCAAAGACUGUUACCAUAUCCCAAGUGUCUGACAACAAAGCAUCCCUGCCGCCCAAGCCAGGGACCAUGGCUGCAGGUGGUGGUGGCGGGGCAGCCCCUCUGUCCUCGGUGGCACCCUCCCCCCUGUCGUCCUCUUUGGGAACAGCCGGACACAGAGCCAACUCCCCGUCUCUGUUCGGCACGGAAGGAAAACCAAAGAUGGAGCCUGUGGCCAGCAGCCAGGCAGCCGUGGAGGAGCUGAGGACGCAGGUCCGAGAGCUGAGGAGCAUCAUCGAGAGCAUGAAGGACCAGCAGAAACGAGAGUUUAAGCAGUUGCUGUCGGAGUUGGAUGAAGAGAAGAAAAUCCGGCUUCGGUUGCAGAUGGAAGUUAAUGACAUAAAGAAAGCUCUUCAAUCAAAAUGAAUACUUGAUAAAUGAAAUGUUGCAUUAUUCAUCCUGAGUCCAAGACUCAAAUUUUCUGCCCCAGCCAAAAUAACCUUGUGCCAAAAGAUUAAAGGUUUGCCUCAACAUGUCCCUGUUUGAAAGAUUAGCACAAAAGUCUUGAUAGCACAACACAAGUUCCAUCCAAGAGGAGACUCUUCCCCAUGGUAUAGUCCUGGGUCUGGCACUGGUUGUGACUUAGAGCAAAUUGUGCUAAAGGCUUUUUUACUAUGAGAUCUCAUGCGAAACGAAAACUCAGGCAGUUUAGUCCAUAGUGGUACUAUUUUGAUGAUAUUUUCCAUUAAUAAAAUGUAAUUUCAGAUUAUUCGUUUACAAGCUUUAUAAUUUUAUGAUUUUUUUAAUCGUGUUUUGUCACAGAUUCCCCCAGUGUUUGUAUGACACAUAGUCCGGAGCAAGUGUCCCAUUCUUUUGCUUCAGGCGGAAAGCUGCCUCGCUUUGUGUCCCCUCUAGGAUUCUAUUACAUAUGCAAUUUUAGGUCCAGCUUGUCCCUUCUCCUGCCAGCAACCCCUACCACCCUAAGAUAAAUUUUAGCUUAUAUAUGAUGGUAUAUUUACAAAAAGAGAAAGAGAAAAUCUGGUAUUUGCGAUGAUCUGUGCCUUCUUUUUACCACCCUCUUGAUUGGAGCUUUUGUGAUGCAGCUACCAUGAUUCCAAAAAAAAAUUUUUUUUAGCCACUUAUCAAAGUCCACUAGAGGCCACUGUCUUCAAAGCUUCUCUCCCCUAGCCAAAGGUCCUAAGAGGAGACAGCUGUGAAGUUGGGCGUGCUCUGUGGCACCAGCUGCGACUUUUAAGUUCUCCUGGUUUUAGGUUGUUCAUGAAACUAGAAAUGUCACCCCUGCUUGAUUUUUCAUCAGCUAAGUUAAACCCCUGCUUUCUGUCCUUUGCACCUUUUGAGUGAACAGAAUAUGCAUUAUUAAAGCAAAAAUAAAUAAAAGUAAAAUGCAAAUGAAAACAAGGGGGGGAAAGUUGUAUUAUUUCCUGCACUGGGUUAUCUGUGUGUGUUAUUGUUUAAACUGUACUCACAUAAUGUCAUUUGCCUUGCUCUCUUGUAAUCCCUUCCUCAGGUCCAAGAGAAUGGGGAGAGGCUCUUGUUGAAGUGUAGCCAUUGGGUCUUUCUUGCAUUUAUGGAAUUACUUUUUUCCAUCCCCAGGAAACUGGUGUUUGCUUGUUCUCUUUAUCUCUGUAGCAAAUGAACAGUUCAGCCUUAGACUAUGUAACUAUUUUCUCAUCCUUAGCUAAAAAUAAGGGGUAUACUGCAUUGCAAGAUUGUUUGGGGGUUGGGGGGGUGGGAGUGGUCCCUUAAUGGCCCUUGAAGAUGUUUUAUGUGUUUCUAAAAAGCUGCUUUGUCUACUUCCUGAGUUUUAGAUUGAAACUACUAAACAUUAAUAGAUUUGCACAACCACAAAGAAUGGGAAUUGAUAACAAUGGAGUGCUGCAAAAAAAAAAAAAAAAAAAACACCAUGUGUUAUUGAUCAUCGAAAGGAUUACAGAUAAAUGUCUCUUCCUUUCUCUCCCCCUCUCCCUUCCCCCGCCUUCCUCUUUCCUCCAUAUUCAUCCUUGCUGCUGAGGCUGCUACUUCCUCCAGUGUGUUUGUAGAUCCUGGACACCCUGGUCUUCUGAGGUGGGGGCAUAGUUAAGGGAAGGGAGUGUGUAAAGAAAGAAACCUCCUGUCCUUCAUUCCCAUGACUGGACAUAUUGCCUUUUUAGCAGCCUUGCUCUCAGUGUGCCAGGGGACAGGAGCGCCAAGUUUCCAAGGGCAGCAUAAAACAUUCCUGGGCCCCUUGACUAUUCUAAGCUUUUCUAUGUUAAACUUGAAGCCUUCAGAGAUUUCCCACCACCUGAUAUAAGAAUGAGGAUUGGAUUCUUUGACGUUUGGAUUUCUCAUUUACUCAUCAUGAAAAUCCCUAAUGAUAUAGUUUUAUAUAAUGUGUAUACAGAGUGGGAUUGUUAAUAAUUAAAUUGAGAGGUUGGAGUGCCCUCGUGGGGCACUGGCGACCUGGAAUGUAGAGGGCUGUCAUCUUUCCCUCAUAGAGGCCACCGGCUUUCUUUGUAUAAAGAGAGGGAGAAGUGAUUCUAGAAGGAGAGGUUGGCGGAUCCAGCUUCAUUACUGCCCCUUGGGCUAACCAGCGAGAAGCUUCUAGAUCAUGGAACUGGACAGGCCACUGCCCGAACAGCUACCAUCUUCACUCUUUACAGAAAUGAACUCCUCAAGAAUAUUGAAAAGCUUGGAAGUAUCACUUUUGAAAAAAUCCUUUUGCAUUCAGCAUGGACUUGACCAGCAUCUAUGGAGAUUAUUUUUUUGCUUCAUUUUCUAAAGUUGUAUUUAGAAAAGUCUUAAGUAUUGUGCUUUGUAAAGAAGAUGAUUAAAAUGAAAUUUUGUGAAAA